CGCCAUUUUGGCCCCAGAGGUGCUUGUGGGAGGUGGAGCGCCGACCCGCACCCUUACAUGCAUACCCGCUACGGUCUUUUUAUGCUGGGAAUUCCAGGUCGAAGCGUUCGCUUUUGCUGGAGCUGCUUUCUUAUUCUCCGCACCCUCCGGAUUCCCCGGUCAGACGGGAGGUUCAGAGUUCCGGGCGGCGCCAUCGAGGGUCACACCGUCAGGAAGGACGUGACGGGGGCGGCGCGGGGCGCGGACACUCCCCGCCGAGAGCCCGCCUGCCAUGGACUCGGAGUAUUAUAGCGGAGACCAGUCAGAUGAUGGUGGUGCUACCCCAGUACAGGAUGAGCGAGAUUCAGGGUCAGACGGUGAGGAUGAUAUAAAUGAGCAGCACUCCGGAUCGGACACUGGAAGUGUAGACCGGCAUUCAGAGAAUGAGCCUAGUGAUGGAGACGAUGGCCUGACCAAAAGACAUCACACAACAGACUCAGAGAAUGAUGAGCCCUCCAAUCUUAAUGCUAGUGAUUCUGAAAGUGAGGAGCUCCACAGGCCAAAGGACAGUGACUCCGAGUCUGAGGAGCGGGCAGAGCCUCCUGCAAGUGACUCUGAGAAUGAGGAUGUCAACCAGCAUGGGAGUGACUCUGAGAGCGAGGAGACCAGGAAAUUACCUGGGAGCGACUCUGAAAAUGAGGAGCUUCUUAACGGGCAUGCGAGUGACUCUGAAAACGAGGAGGUUAGAAAGCAUGCUGCCAGUGAUUCCGAGGUAGAAGAGCUCCAAAAGAGCCCUGCCAGUGAUUCCGAAACGGAGGAUGCUCAGAAACCUCAAGCUAGUGACUCUGAGAGUGAGGAUCCCCCCAGGCCUCAGGCCAGUGACUCAGAAAAUGAGGAGCCUCCUAAGCCUCAAAUGAGUGAUUCUGAAAGUGAGGAGCUGCCUAAACCUCGAAUCAGUGACUCGGAAAGUGAGGACCCCCCGAGGCACCAGGCCAGUGACUCAGAGAAUGAAGAGCUCCCCAAACCCCGUAUCAGUGACUCAGAAAGUGAGGACCCUCCAAGGCACCAGGCCAGUGACUCAGAAAAUGAGGAGCUUCCUAAGCCUCGAAUUAGUGACUCAGAAAGUGAGGACCCUCCAAGGCACCAGGCCAGUGAUUCUGAGAAUGAGGAGCUCCCCAAACCCCAAGUCAGUGACUCUGAGAGCGAGGAGCCUCAGAAGGGUCCUGCUAGUGAUUCAGAAGCUGAAGAUGCCUCUAGACACAAACAGAGACCAGAAUCAGAUGAUGAUAGUGAAGGGGAGAAUAAGGGAGAGGGUCCAGAAAAGCAGAAUGAAUCCUUUCAUGCAGAUAGCCACACAGACAGAAAACAGUUUCACAGCUCUGACAGUGAGGAAGAAGAACCCAAAAGGCAAAAAAUGGGCAGUGAUGAAGAUGAAGAAAAAGAAGGCGAAGAGGAGAAAGUAGCAAAGCGAAAAGCUGCUGUGCUUUCUGAUAGUGAAGAUGAAGAGAAAGCAUUAGCAGCAAAGAAAAGUCGAGUUGUCUCUGACGCCGAUGACUCUGACAGUGAUGUUGUAUCAGACAAGUCAAGCAAAAGAGAGAAGAUCGUAGCAUCUGACAGUGAAGAAGAAGUGGGAAAAGAACAAUUAUCUGAUAAGAAAAAUGAAGAGAAGGAUCUAUUUGGGAGUGAUAGUGAGUCAGGCAAUGAAGAAGAAAACCUUAUUGCAGAUAUAUUUGGAGAAUCUGGUGAUGAAGAGGAAGAAGAAUUUACAGGUUUUAACCAAGAAGAUUUGGAAGAAGAAAAAAGUGAAACACAGGUCAAAGAAGCAGAAGAUUCUGAUUCUGAUGAUAACAUAAAGAGAGGAAAACAUAUGGACUUUCUGUCGGAUUUUGAGAUGAUGUUGCAGCGGAAAAAGAGCAUGAGUGGCAAGCGCAGGCGCAAUCGCGAUGGUGGCACCUUUAUUAGUGACGCAGAUGAUGUUGUGAGUGCCAUGAUUGUCAAGAUGAAUGAAGCUGCUGAGGAAGACAGACAGCUGAAUAAUCAGAAAAAGCCAGCACUGAAGAAAUUAACCUUAUUGCCUACUGUGGUUAUGCACCUUAAGAAGCAGGACCUUAAAGAAACAUUUAUUGACAGUGGUGUGAUGUCUGCCAUCAAAGAAUGGCUCUCACCUCUUCCAGAUAGGAGUUUGCCAGCACUAAAGAUUCGGGAGGAGCUGCUGAAGAUUCUGCAAGAGCUACCUAGUGUGAGCCAGGAGACCCUGAAACAUAGUGGGAUUGGACGAGCAGUGAUGUAUCUCUAUAAACACCCCAAGGAAUCAAGGUCCAACAAGGAUAUGGCAGGGAAAUUAAUCAAUGAGUGGUCUCGGCCUAUAUUUGGUCUUACCUCAAACUACAAAGGAAUGACAAGAGAAGAAAGAGAGCAGAGAGAUCUAGAACAAAUGCCUCAAAGACGAAGAAUGAGCACAACUGGUGGUCAGACACCGAGAAGAGACCUGGAGAAGGUGUUGACAGGAGAGGAAAAGGCUCUUAGACCUGGAGAUCCUGGAUUCUGUGCCCGUGCAAGGGUCCCAAUGCCAUCAAACAAAGACUAUGUUGUCAGGCCCAAGUGGAAUGUGGAAAUGGAGUCAUCCAGGCCUGGCAUUCUUAAAAAGGGCCUAAACCGAUUGGAAAAGCAUAAAAGACGAUUUGCAGAACAGAAGCGACUGAGCAAAGUGCAUCGUGCUGUCAAAUUCAGUAUUGAAGGCAACAGGAUGCCCUUGUAGGCCUGGUUCUACUGGAGUAUAUCUGAGAGUUUCAGGCAUCCUCCAAGAAAGGUAUCAGUCGACUGGAUAAACAGAUGAGAAAAUUCACAGAUAUCAGGAAAAAAAGCAGAUCUGCACAUGCAGUGAAAAUCAGCAUCGAGGGCAAUAAAAUGCCAUUGUGACCUUGCCUGGAAUAUGUCCCCAUGUCUGCUCUAAAAAAUGCACAAUGGACUCUUUGGAGAAAGAAGAUAAUUUUAAAUUUUUUUUAUUGUGUCUGUAAAGUUUGGCUUGUAUCAAACCAACAUUGUCAUAGGACUCAUUUCUCUCAGUUGUAUUUAAAACUGUUGUGUGCUUUGUACAGAAGAAUACUAGUCACACUUCUAUAAACUACACAAUAAAAUUUCUUUCUGGUUUUGGGGGGCUGUCAUUUAAUUAUCUUAGAAGAUCAUUCUCAGUGGGCGCAAAAAUUGGUCCUUGGUGAGUGAAAAAAAAAAAAGUCUAUGAUGAUGGUUUGUGACCCUUCAAGUUCAAUCCUACUUGACUAUGGUAUAAUGAGGAAUUUGUCUGGUCUUUGUCCCUGGUUUCUGACAAACCCUUGGGCUUCCUGAGUGCUGGGAGUGUCCUUGUUAUGCUAAUGAGUUGACUCUUAGUGAUCACCUAGAUUGCCUUAGGGUAAAAGCUGGUCACCAGAAAGACCUUUAGGCCAGUUAUAUAGAGACUGAGGUCCUGUCACAUUGCCUGUUUGAUUUAAUCAGCCAUACCUGCAUAGUGAAAUGACAAUUCAGAGCUCUGGGGACAAACCAGGCAUGGUGGUACAUGCCUAUAAUCUCAGCACUCUGGCGGUUGAAGCAGGAGUAUGAAUGUGAAUUUGAGGCCAGCCUGGACCACAUAGCCCGGCAAAAAAAAAACUCUAGACAUGGAAGCUCUGCAUCACCUUGCAGACCUCCCUUAUGUCUUCAUUUGUCUGGCCUAAUUUGUAUCCUUUGUAAUAAAACUGUGAGUUCUGUAUGUCUUUUAGCAAAUUCUUGAGCCAAGAGAUUCAUGGAACCCCAAAUUUGCAGUUACUAAGAAGUGACUCAGAGACCUCAUUUGUGAUCUGCAUCUUGAAAUGGGGGUGGUCUUGUAGAGAAGGCCUCAGCCCUAAAUCUGUGGAGUCUGACACUAACUCUGGGCAGUUAGUGUCGGAAUUGAAUUGUGAACAGCUGGGCACAUUUGUAAUCCCAAGAUCUAAGGCAGGAGGAUUGUGAGUUCAAGGCCAUAUUAGGUUACAUAAUGAGGCACUGUCCCAAAAGGGGGGGAAAAAAAAGCAGUAUCUAGUUGAUACUGUCAAGAAAUUUUAAUGUUUUUUGUUAAAGAAUAAUUUUGUCUUAAUUUAAAUUUUUCUCAAAGGAAUGAAAUUACAAUGAACAAAGCCAAAUGGGUGGAUAUGAUUGAAAAAUCACUCUACUGAUUGCUUGUAGCAAUGGGUUUUAGCGGGGAGGUAGGAGUUGCAGUUUAUUUCUUGUUCUGUUUUGUGAUUUUUAAAAUUACUUUAUGGUGGGAAGUUACAGGGUUUCACUGAUGCAUCUGAGUAACUCUGACCAUUCAUGCUGUCUUUGCAAGGAGUGGAGAAGUAUGGAGUAGAUUCUUAAAUGUGCUGCACCAGGUUAAGACUGGCAGGAGGGGCUGGCAGAGUAGCUCAAGUUGUAGAUGCUUGCCUAGCAAGCAUGAGGCCCUGAGUUCUAACCUACUGCCAAAAAUAAAUAAGCUCAAAAAAUAUACAUAAAAUUAAUAGGCCCAGGAACUCAGAUGCACAAAGAGAAGGUGGUAGUUUAUAAAAUAAGUAUGUGAGGACACUAGAAGGUAAGGGCUAACCACUAAAUGAACACAAACUACCUUUUGCAGUGUUCUACUUUUAUUUGCCCCCCCAAAACACCUGAAAACAAACGCACAACCAUCUAGUGAAACCUUCCAGAUGUUGACCCUUUCCAGGGUUUGUUUUGUUUUUUGGCAGCACUGGGGUUUGAACUCAGGGCCUCACGCUUGCAAGGCAGGCACUCUUACCACUUGAGCCACUUUGCCAGCUCAAAGGUAAGUUUUUAACAUUUUAAAGUUAGCUAACAUUUGGUCUCUAUUGGGAUAAACUCCAGUUAUCUAGAAAAUGUCAUUCCUGUAGGGUAAAAGUCCUAAUGGUACCAGGUAAUAAAGUAGCCAUACCUGGGGAAUUUAAGACAUCCUAUUGUACUAUGUUUAAGGGAGAAAAAGUACUAGUUUCUGUGUGAAUUACCCUUGGUGGAUGGUUUAUUUGGGGGCAUCUCAAGCGUGGCCUAUCAGCAACUUUUUUCUUUCCAAUUUACAGGAGCUUUGAAAAUAGAUUA